AUGAGUAAAUUAAAGUUACAGGUGGUCAUUAUUCCGUUGUAUUCUGCACAUGAACCAACCAACAGGCUAGAUAAAUUGGUUUCUAAACGGUUUUUACAUUUGGCAGAUCCCACAAUCCAACUUAAUGAUGUGAAGCAACAAGUUGAAACUAGAUACAAGAAGUUAUAUCCAGAGGAAGAAUCGUUGCAGAUUGUAGGAUUUCAAGAUACCAAUCUUUGUGAUUUAGAUCCAGAAUAUACCCUUUCUGAUGUUUUUGAAUCAGGUGACGUUUUGAGAAUUACGGUGAGAAAUCAAUUUAAAAGAAAAAGUAUAUCACCAUUUAAUACAAGCUUGCAAGCUACUGAGACCACACCUGUGCCUCAUAAUGCACCAAUUCUCACUGCUGGUUCUGAUUUUAUUAGUAGUCGGAAGCGUACUCAAGAAUAUUUUGAUAAGGCUGAUAGUCAUCUUCCUGUUAAACAUUCAAAACCAAAUAGUCCUGUAUCAUCCCCACAACGUGGAGAUCAUGUAGUGUCAUCUCCAGUAGCACUUUUACCACCACAAACAACCGAAGACAGAACUAUUCCACAAAAGAAGGGUGGUGUUCCCUCGGCUGCUGCUGUUGCUACCACUGAGGGUAAUGGUAAGAGAAUAACUUCAGGCAUGUUAUCAAUCCCUCCACAAACUCAAUUAGAAAAAGAGAUAAUUUCCAGAGGAAGGGGAAGACCUCCUAAAGAUGGAACCCGUACCAAGUCACGUAUUUUAGAUUCAGAUUCCUCUGUCGAUUCAGUUCCAGAGAGUGAGGAAAGUUCUGAGUCCGAAGAAGAAGAAAUAUCGGAAGUGGAUCUAGAUUAUAGUGAAAUGAAUGAAUCCUUUGUUGUUUCAAGUGAAAGCCAAGAAAGUGCUGUUGCAUCUGAGUCAAGUGCAGUUGCAUCUGAGUCAGAACAAAUGACACAAGUUGAAUCAGAAGUAUCAACCCCCCCUGAAUUAACCAGAGCUGAAUCCAAAGUACUGGAAUCAAAGCAAGCUCCUCCAAAAUCAAAAAGUGAUAUCACUGUCGAAAAGAAAGCAGGUAAAGAUUUCCUCGCUAAAUCUGAAAUACUCCGUAUGUUCAAACUGAAAAUUCCGAACUCCCGUGGAAGAACUGAAGAGAUAAUCAAUAAACCAAAUCCAAAACCAAAACCUGCUACUCCUGAGUUCCUUGAUCCUAAACUGGAAGCAGUGUUAAGACGACUUGCGGUAAAUAUGGUGGAUGCUGACGUUGAUUUAAGUUUAGGUAGAGGAUCAAGAAGAGCGGCUGCACCCACCUCAUUGAAAGAUGUUGACGAUUUACAGGCAAGACGGCUUUCUUCACGGGCAUCUCCGCCAUCCUCAAGGACAAAUGAGAGAAAAAGAUCAGAAAAGCGUCAAAGUCCAGCCUCCCCCAAAAAAAAAAGUUCGCCCGUAGUAAAAGAAGUUAAGCCCAAGGUAACGCCUAAGUCUGAGGGAUCAAAAGUUAAGAAGCAGAUACUUUCGAAGGAAAAAAAGCAUAGUUCAAGUGAUGUGGUACAUAUUGAUGACGAUGAAAGUACUCCCAUUGAAACAGGAUACCAGAUUAUAGAUGAUACGAAGGCAGGAAAACUUGAAAGAACACAAUUGAAACUAAAAAGCUUUGAACAAACAUUAAGAGCAUUACAAACUGAUGAUGGUUCCUCUUUGAAAGUGAUGCCUAAGGGCUUGGCUUCUGGAAUAGAUGAAGAUAAGCGUGAUUAUGAAAAUUUAAUCGUGGAUUCAAGAUUAAUUUUAGUAGAUAAGGAUAAGAGGGACUAUAAUUACCUGAUUGAAUUUAUACCUCAUGAAUCUUUGACUCCUAAGGCAUCUCGCGCGGCAUCUCCUAAAAAAAGUAAACUGCCAGUUUCAAACGCUAUCCCUGAUAAAUUAAAAGUUGAUAAUGAUCCACCAUCUCCUUUGAAAUCAAAGCUGCCAAUUGUCAAGACUGUUAUUGAUACUGUGGAGGCUGGGAUCAAUGGUAAAUCUGAAGUCACUAAGGAUCAAUCCCCACUUCCGCAAUCAACGGGGCCAAUUUCGAAAGAUACUGCUGAUGCGUCAAAUACUGCGAGCAAUAAACAAUCUGAAGUAGCAAAAACUCAGUCAACUCUCAAAUCAAAGCUGCCAAUUUCUAAAGUUACAAAUGAUGCUUUGCAAACUGAGACAAAAGACAAAUCUGACAGUAACAAGAACCAGAUUCAAAUGGUAACACUUUCAAUUGACAAGACCAAUAAAACCACCAAAGAAUCGGGCGGUUCACAAUCGAGGAUUGCAACAUUGACAUUGCCAAAGGACCUGGUAUCAGACGUGGAGCCAGAACAGCCACAACCAAUUCCUGCAGAAGAAUCUGUUGCCAAGGAUACUGUCCAAGAAAGGGAACCAAUCGAAGAACCACAUGAUUCACCUCCCUCAGGACCGGAUUUAUUUGUUGAUGCUGAAAUUGACUAUGUUGUGACAGACGAUGAAUCUAUAUCAAUUUCGGACCUGGUUUCAGACUCGGUACAAGGAGUUGGGUCAACUAUGAAAGUUACAGGAUCUGAAAACGCUUCAGCAAAUGACAGUGAAGUAAUUGAAAUCAGUGAUGAAGAAAAUAAUGAAAAGGAAACGAAUGCUAGCGCACGCCAAAGCAUCAAAAAGAUUUUCGGAGCUCAGAGACAAUCGACCUUUGGGGAGUUAUUAGCUAAAUCAACUGCACACAAAGAUGUUGUAAAUGGUCAUAAGCAAGUUUCAUCUCCUAUCAAUAAGUCAAAUGAUGUAAGUCCAUUAAAGAAUUUAUCACAUAUUCCAAUCUCAGAUUCUUCAAAACUGGUAGUUCCACCUGUGUCAGAGAAAGCAUCUCCAACUCCCGCUUCUGCCCUUAUCAAUUUGGCCUUAAAUGAUUCUUCGAUUCCAGAUAUCUUCAAACCAAAGGGAAUGUCCAUGUCACCAUCUGCAGUUUUUAGAGCCCAUUCUCCAAUAAAAGAAAAUCAAAAAUCGCUUCCAAAGGAAACAUUUGUUAAUACCCCUAGAGUUUCGCCUUUGCGAACUGCUGAUUCAAGAGCUAAACAACCUGCAAAUUCUCCAACAGAUCCAAGGAAUAGACCACAGCUUUCAAAAACUCCUAGCGCUGAUGAAAAUGGAAAAUCAAAAUCACCAGAUGUGAGUUCCAAUGGUAGACCUCCAAGUGCGACUGGUCCAGGGAAGGUUUCUCCUGCGUCCUUUUUUACUAGAACUGUACCACCAGGGAACAAAGAGGAUUCGCCAACUAAGCAGUCUGGAACUUCUUUUGCAAGUAAGAUUUCAUUCUUUGAUCUUUGGCCAUCCAAACCAACUGGUGCGAAAAAUGCAACACCAACCAAUUCGGGGAGUAAAGCCGCAUUUGCAUUAAAUAAGAGUGGUAGUUCAGGGCAAGAGAAAGAUACAGUCAGUACUUCAAGAAAGAGGGAAUUAGAAGAUUCAUCAUCUGGGGAAUCAAGUGAGGAAGACGCAUCAUCAUCUGAAUCAGAAGGUGAAGAAGGAAGUAAAACAAAGAAACCAAGAUUAAUUGCAACUGCCCCAUCGACAAUUAGAAGGUCACAAUCUCCUCUUUUCACAAGCACGACUCCGUCCGUUUCCAAUGUUCAAGAUAAAUUAUCAUCUAUUGCAAAUCAAGCUUCGGUAAACACACCUGUUACUGAAAAACGUGCUACGGCAUCUCCGAAACCAACUGCUCCAGCUUCGGCUUUGAAGACUCCGUUAUUAAAUUCUUUGACUGAUUUAGCAAAUCGUGGUUUACCUGAUGUUAGAGAUAAAGAAGGAGCAGCUGCAACGCAAGGAACGGCAACUGAGAAGAAGAACGCUGAGGGAAAUCCUUCAAGUGAUGAAGAGGAAGAAAGUAGUGGUGACAGUAGCAGCAGUGAUGGUGAAGAAGAAGAGGUUGGCAAUGAGGAUGGUAAGUUUCUCAGUUUAAAGCUGGUUAAAGAGGAUCAACCAAAAAAGAAGAAAGUGGGCUUAUUUAGCUCUUUGUUAAGAAGAUAG